CUUUCUCCUCAGAAACUUUAUGUGUAUGACAUGAAACUGGCAGACAGACCAAUUUCUUACGAAGUUGCCUCCCUGCUACGUCAUCUCAUUGCGCAUGCGCACGACUGCGUCCGGGAAAUGUAGCUCACCCAGCCAAAGUCGUUUUCUAACUAAAUGCUCCAUCUCCGAGAAAAACGGCUUCCAUUAGUAUGCCUGUCUCGAAAAUGAUACUGCUCUCUUGUCUAAAAAUAAAUAGAUUUAAGGUCCGUUUUACGGAUUAUAAUGGGGGUGAAAUGCAGAUAUUUCGCUAGUGUGGGCGUCAAUUUCUGAGCUAUUUGUGGGGUUUUUGUCAGGCAUUUUCUUGGACACCCUGAGAUGCCGCCCUUUCCUUUACGCGGUCGCGUUGUGUGACGCAACCAGAGUGCGCGGCCGGAGCAGUGCCGGGUGCUGUGUGAAGGAGCUGCGGCCAUGUCCUACUGCAGGCAGGAAGGAAAGGACAAAAUCAUCUUUGUAACUAAAGAGGACCAUGCUACUCCCAGCACUGCCGAGCUGAUCGCUGAUGACCCAAAUGAUCCUUACGAAGAGCAAGGGCUGAUCUUGCCGAAUGGAGAUAUUAAUUGGAAUUGCCCCUGCUUAGGAGGGAUGGCUAGCGGGCCCUGCGGAGAGCAGUUCAAAUCUGCCUUCUCUUGUUUCCAUUACAGCCAGGAAGAAAUCAAAGGCUCGGAUUGCCUGGAACAAUUUCGAGCAAUGCAAGAGUGCAUGCAGAAAUACCCCGACCUCUACCCACAGGAGGAUGAUGAGGAUGAGAAGGAUAAGCAAGUAGAUAAAGAGGAGGCUGCCCCCACAGAGCCUACCAUUGUUGAAGAGGAAGGAUCCAGCUAAUAGAGAACUGGGGGCAUUUGCCUCCUUGUCUCUCCCAACCCCACAAUUGAAUGGACCACAAUAUGCAAAGUAUAUUACCACUAACCCAUGAUGCGUACGCGGUAAUAUAUUCAGUACGGGUGAGGGACCUAUAACAGUUUAUCACAUAGAUCUACGCAAAUCCUAAAAUGGCAUUAGCAUAAAACCCAGGACAUCCCCCGGAGGUAACUCACAACCAUUCAUGUUUGUUUCCAUUGGUUCACUGAUUUCCAGCGAGUGAGUUUGACUGUCCUACAAUCUUUUCAAACAAUAUUUUUUUAUAUUGCUAUAGAGUAAAAGCUUACGUCAACAGAUCUGUUAAAUGUGUGGCUGGAAUUUGGGGAAUGCAGCUUUAAAACUUGAUUUAUUCUUUUUUUUUUUUCUUUUUUCUCAUGCGUUUUCUGUCUAAGGGAGCAGCUGUAAAUUUGUGUGCAUCAGAUGAGAGAGUGCCCCGAUUAUUGGUGUAUCAACACAAUUACAUUAAUGCACUCAAUUAGAAGAAAGUAGCAGAUCUGAGCACUUUGUGCCUGAAACCUUUUAUCUUACUGUGCUGCCUCCAACCUGCACUGCACUGAGAGUGUUCUUAUCUGGUAACCUAUACAAUGAACAUGUGAGUGAUUAAACCACAUUAAAUAACUUUUUACCUUGUAAGAUACUUA